AAUUUCUGAAAUGGAUAACAUUAAUAACGUUUCAGAAAACAAGGAAUUUGAUCAUGGAACUGACGUCUUUAACAUGAGGAAAAAAACCUAUUGGGAUGUCUAUGGCCUACGAAGUUACCAAGACAAAGGAAAAUAUAGUGUUUGUCUGCAUAGAACCUUUGAUGGAACGCUUGUGUUACGAAAUAAUUUGAUAAAACCUUUAAUCGACCUAUUUGAAAAAGAAUUAAAGGCCUGCCUUGUUCGAAGGAAACAACAUCAAGACCAGAUUCUCAAUAUUCGCUAUCCUGACAAAACUUCUGAUCUAUAUCUAGACUAUUUGGAAAAUUGUGAUGAGCAAGGAGAAAAUUGCAUGAGGGUUCCGACAGACAACAUAGAGAGGAAGCUCCAGUUUCACAAUACACAGAAAAGUGAAAAAAUUAUUAGAAUGAGACAAAAAAUAAUUAAGGUAAUUGACCUUUUACGACAAAGAACUCUUAAUCAUUUAACCUUUAUCACAAGCGGAAGUUUAGCAGAAGGGUUAGACUUGCCAGGUAGCGAUAGAGAUGCCAUGAUAGUGGACAAUGAUGUACAUAUUGUGCAAAAUUUGAAAAAGAUCUACUUUCCUCAACAGCAAUUGACAUUACUUAUGGAAAGAGAUAAUCAACAUUAUGGAUUUACAAAAUUAAAAUUGAUAAUGGAAGAUGUUUAUGUUAACGUCACAACAUUCUUUUUAAAAACAGAAAAUGGAACUUAUUUAUCGAAUCGUCGAUGUCUUAAUUAUUUUUUGAACAAACAUUCAGUGUACGAGAUAUCAAUACAUGGUCCGUGUGUGUCUGAUAAACAGAUGGUGCAAGAUAUAGCCUUUUGUUUUCAAUUGCACGAAUGGCCUUCUGUAGCCAAAGGCUGGAUCUAUCGACAUAGAUCAAGACAGUGGCCAGGUGGAGCUUUGAUUGACAGUGUAAUUAGUGAUGGAUGUUUACUUGUACCUAUUGGCCCAAAAUAUGUUGACAAUGAAUUAUUCUGGAGAAUAUCAUUUUCAUUAGCAGAAAAGAAGCUAGUUCACAGUUUUAAUUAUACUCAGUUCAUGUGUUACACUGCAAUGAAAUUUUUAUUGAAAACAAUAAUAGACAAAAACGAGGCUACAAAAGAUUUAUUAUGUUCGUAUUUUUUGAAGACUGCAUUAUUCUGGGUAUCGGAAGAAUGUUCUAAAGAACAGUUUCAAGUAUACAAAAUCUCACAAUGCUUGAAGCUCUGUCUCAAUAAACUUAUUGUAUGGGUUGAUAAAUGUUAUUGUCCUAACUUCUUUAUUCCGGAACAAAAUAUGUUUAAAGGAAAAGUAACCUCUUCAAACAAUAUACAGCUUUUAGAGUUCCUAAUAAAGAUUAGAGAUGAGAGGUUGGAAAACAUACUUGAUAAUUUUAUCAGUUGGACAAUUGCCACAAAUUCUAUUUGCCAGAUUGCAACAUUAGAACUUUUGUUUUUUAGAGUUAACCGAGAUGUUAUAAUACUGGAUAUCAACGACGGUUUUGAAUGUUUAAUACGAAUAAACAACCUGCUUAUGUCCGAAUCUUCAUCUUUUAUACACGGUAUUUGUAAAUUUUAUCAUAGUAUCGCAAGCCAACAUUCUGUACAGUCUUUUCCUUUGUCGGAAGUAUUGUUAGGAUCUGAUCAUGAACAUUGUCCUCGACAUAAGCUAUUUUCUUAUAAAUCAAACAAAACUCAUUAUUAUCUACGCCGUAAAAUGUUACACGAUGGUACGAAGUCAGAUGCAGUGUCUGGUUGGCUGUUUUAUGCAUCAUAUUAUUACUUAAGAGAACAAUAUACCGCAGCUUUGAAAAUUGUGGAUUAUGUUCUAAGUCGGUGUGAACCUGGAUUGUUAUCUUUAUUAGUGAGCAGUUAUGAUUCCCAGCAGAUAAUCAAUUACCAAAAUAUUGCUGCGUGUAGGAGUUUGACAUUAAAUGAAAGGAUGAAAUUAUUAACUUAUUCGAAUAUAAACUUUGUUAAAAACUCUGCAUUGAUACCAACCGAAUUACAAUACGAGGUACAAAAACGGAGCCUAAUAGUACCACCCGUUGUGAUGUCACACUGUUUGCGUUUUUUCUGUUACCAUCAUUUACAUGAUAUUUACAACAGACAACAGUCUUUACAAGAUCUGCUGGUUACAAUAGAACAAAGAUAUUUCGUUGUAGAAAAUUUGCUGUCCCCUUCCUAUACAUUAUUAGGAAUUUGUUAUCAGAUUUCUGGAGACCCACAAUCAGCUCAUCGAUGUUAUGAGAAAGCAUUAUGUAGUGGGGGUUUUAUUUGUGAAAGUGCAGGAACCAGACUAGCGAAUCUUAUAUCUAACUCUGUAGUGUAAUAUAUGAUUCAUAUGCAUAACACAUGAUUUUAGAAUCACAUGUACUCGUAAUGUACAUGUACGCUCAAUGCAAAACUUUAAGAGCUAAAUAAAUGAUAAUUUAAGAGCUAAACACAAAACAACACAAUCGUCGGGGAUCAAUGUUGCUUGCUUUUAGUUAGUAAAAAUCAUAAUACGUUAUAAAAUUGUAUUAUCUAAAAGUUAUAGACUAUGCCAACUAUUCGGAAUACAGAAUUAAGUAACAAAAAAAAAAUUAAGUGUUAGUAACCUCAAAGCAAGGAUAAAGCAUAGAUAGAAAAUACUUCUUCUUCAUACCAUGACUGGCAACCACAUGCAACAGGCGUAUUGAAGUAGCAAUAACCAAUUACUUAUGAUCGGGACAAACUAUUUUUGUGCCCUCUAAUAUUUGAGCUCAACAUAAAAAAUAAUCAUGAAUAUACACAUUACAUUAAUAUAUAUAAAAAGUAAAAUAACAAAAAUUCCGAACUCCAAGGAAAAUUCAAAACGAAAAGUCUUUUAUCAAAUGGCAUAAUAAAAAGCUCAAACACUUAAACGAAUGGAAAACAGCUGUCUGGUUUUACUAGUAAAACUUAAAAACAUCGUGAACCUAAUCUAUUUUAGAUAGAACAAAUGUUUGCAUCAAGUGAAAAACGAAUAUCCCGUCUUCAAAACAUUCUCUUGUUCUCCUAGAAAAUGAAAUAGUCGUCACCUUAUAUCUUUUAGAGAAAAAUAAAUUAAAUCUUGUUCUUAUGUUUUCGCCAUAGACUGUAGUAUAAGUACCAUAUAUACCAUGGUUCUUACGAGCAAAUACAUUUGAACUAACGAAUCCGAAGGAUGAGUUUGUUUAAAUGUGUGAAUGAGUAAGACACGUGGUAUAUAUAGUUUGUAAUAUAAAUAAAAGGGGAUAACAAGGCUACAUUAGGAGUGGAACAUGUUAAUGUCUUUGAAUUAACCAUAUAUGUAUAUCCAUGAAGGGGGAAAGGGGUAGGGUCCCUUGCCCUCUUAAUCCGUAUCUGACAAGGAUAUCAAACAUUAUUCUACUGACGGUAAGUUUUGUUUUAUUGAUAAUUUUCAAGAUAUUGUACAAAGAUUUUUAUUUGACAGGUUUUUUUAUUUCAAUUUACCUUUUAAUUGCCACUGAACGUUAAGCAACCAACAAUCAAUCGAUUUUACCUUUUAGCUUUUAGUAUAAACGGCUUCUUUAUUUAGCAGGCCUUUAAAUGAGCUUAAAUUUAUAAAAAAAUACCAAUGAAAGUUACAACUUUAUUUUCGUAUUAUGAAUAAAAAACAUUAAUCGAUAUGUUUUUUCCUCUAUCGAUAACAUUGAUUAUUACCAAACAUUUAAGACAACACUAAUAUUGAACAAUUUUGUUCCCUCUCAGUUACUCAAUGUUAGAUUUCCUAAAUAGCUGAGAGGCGGAUAUAUUUCAGAAAAUGGGGUGGAGCUUAAGCCAUGGAAUAACAUCAAAAUGAGCAUGUUGUACCAUAGCUAAGCUCCUCCUACUUUUCUUUAAUAUUCUAGUUGGGUUUAAUUUUACGUGUUUAGUUAUCAAAGUAUGGUACAACAUCAAAUUGAAGAUAAUAGACCAUGGUUUUCGAUCAACACACUAUUUUUAGCAAAUUAUUUCAUUAAAACAUCAAAAGAAAAAAUGCAACUUAUAUUACAAUACUAGUUAACGGUUUCUCUGCCAGUUUAUUUAAUUUAAACGACAUGAAAUGUCAAUCAAAUGCACACGUAUGAGGGUGUUGAUGGGAGUUUACA